AUGUCGCAGGCUGAAAACAUUGAAACUAGAGAAGAAUGGAAAGGUUAUAUCUUUGUGGUCACCCAGCUGGAGGUUCCCAGUACUUUGUCACUGCUGCCUGGGCAGGUGCUGCACCUGAAAGAAGUGGCUGUACGAGAGAAAGACCGUCAGUAUACUGCACCAAGCGAACAAGAAUCACAGUGUUUUUUGGUAGAAAAACCUGAUCCAGAGGUGUAUGAUGAUUUAUUGAACACAAUGCCAGAGUGCUUCUAUAAAGUGUCUCGCAAUGAAGCUGAAGCUAUGCUGGAAAGGCACCCUGAGAACGGUAGUCUGAUAAUAAGGCCUUCAACUGAGAGUUCAAACUACUCUGUCAGUAUUAUGACCACACAAAACAGUAAAGGAGUCAUAAAACAUUACAAAGUGACGAAUGAGGAUCGUGGAUUUGUCAUUGAGCUGGAAAAUCCAGUCACAUACUCAACCCUUCAAGAAGUUGUUUGUCAUUUUAUAAAAGUGACCAAUGGAGUUUUGAAACCAUACCUUGAUUCCAAACAGUAUGCCAACAAAAUUGAGAUGUCCAAAGAUGAAUGUACGAAGGUACAAAAGAGGCCGACGCCAAUGUCAAAAGUAGCUCCAAUUCAGCGUCUCUCAGUGUCCCCAUCUGAAUAUCCAGGAGCCAGUCGCAGAGGCCCAGCCAAAGAAGCAUCUGAACCUAACUAUAUGAAUAAUGAAAUUCUUGAAAAACUGAACCACUUGAACCUAGCAGAUGACAAGCCACCCAGUUACACUGCUCCAAAACCAUGGUGCCUACAGCAUCGUACCACCGGUGAAGAUGAAACAAGUGAACUUAUGGCAAAGCUGAUGAAGAGACGGGAAAGAAUGGGAGAUGAUUAGUAAACACGAUGCACACUUCCAAGAAUAUUAUUACAACAAGCCCUUGUCUUAUUAAAUUAGCAAAUGUUAGCAUGUUUGCAGUGUACUUAAGUCAAAAAUUACUAAUCUUUUAGCACAAAAACUUUAGAAGUGAUAGGAAUAAUCAAAGGAAGUAAUUCACAGAGUUAUAAGUUUCACUAAAUUACUUUUGUUUUGAAGCUGAUCCGCAUAAAAAUCCGAUUUUUGAAGUUAUUUCAGUUUUUUUACUUUGAAAUAUUUCUAACAUUUUUUUCUGUUAUAUUCAAAAACAGAAUUACAGAACAUCUAUGAUUGCCUUUAUUCGCUGAGAUUUUAAUUGAAAAAGCUUCUAAUCUCUAAAAUUUGGAUUAGCUGUUAACCAACACUGUGAAUCUGGAAUUGUAAAGGAAGUGCUAGAAUGGGAAGUGUUCCUUAUAUUAGAGCUCAAAGAAUACACUGCAUACAUCAUUGCAGAUGUUUGAUAACAUAAUUUUAAAAGUACAACACAAAAGCAGAAAUAAUUUCUAAGUACAAAUUAUCUUUUACUUUAAAAAGUUACUUUGGAAGUCUCACCAGAGUGAACAAUUUCAACACAACACUGAUUCAAACAGUAAAUAUUAGCAGAUAUUAAUGAAGUUGAUUGAUGAGAAACGUAUGGCAAGAGGGACAAUUUUAAGAUUAUAUCAAGAGUCCAAUAAGGGCAGCAUGUUUCUAUUAGAGUGAAGGGGAAACUCAUCUUGUCCCAUCAUGCCAAGCACUGGCGCUCCUCUGCUGCUGUUCACAUUGCGGACACAUAACUGUGUCACAGCAUCAAGCUCAAACUAUGUCAUCAGGUUUGCAGAUGACACAACAAUGGGUGGUUUCAUCGAGAAUAAUGACGAGAUGGAGUAUAGGGAGGAAGUGGAGUGGCUGGCGAAUUGGUGUGAGAAGAACAUUUUAAGCUUGAAUGUGGAGAAGACAAAAGAAAUCAUUGUUGACUUCAGAAAGGUGCAGGCGAACCAUCCUCCUCUGCGAAUCCAUGGCUCCCCACAUAGAGAGAGUUAAGUGCACCAAGUUCCUGGGAGUUCACAUCACAGAUGACCUUACCUGGUCCCUUCAUAUCACCUCCCUGAACAAGAAGGCACAGCAGUGCCUCCAGUUCCUCAGCAGGUUGAGGUAAGCAAGGCUCCCCCUUCCCCAUCAUAAUUGCAUUUUACCUCUAUCCGGUAGGGGAGCAGUCCAGCAUUGGACUAGAAGUCCUUACAAAGGACUGUGAGAACAGCUGAGGGGAUCAUAGGGUCUGCCUACCAUCCGUCAGGGUGAUUUAUCAGGAGUGCUGCAUAUGCAGGGGCCCUGAGUGUUAUUAAGGAUCCCAUCCACCUAUCCAACAUCCUGUUUGACUUUCUACCAUUAGGCAGGAGACUACAAAGCUUAAAAACCAGAACAGUCAGGAAGGGAAGCAGCUUCUUCCCCCAGGCCAUUAGGCUUCUGAACUCCCGGCCGCAUCAUAUUCGAAGUGUCGCUGAUUAAUCUGUUCCGUACUUCACAAUAUUUAAUAUUAAUGCACUUUAAUUUGGUAUCUAUGUGUGAUUCAUCUGUAUGCUUUAUCCUUACCUUCAUAAAUACUCGUGUGUUAUGUGUACAACUGUGCUUUACACACUGGCUCGAAGAAACGUUCUCUCGUUUCUAUAUAUAUGAUAUGGUAGUAUAUGUUAUAUACAUGUAUAUGGUUAAAUGACAAUA